AAAAUAUGGCACAUUACUAACCUAAUUACCAAUUAAUUGUUAGUUUAUCUUUGCUUUACAUUCAUCUUUUAUUUUUAUUAUGUACAUCAUCACCUGUUAUUUAUAAAUAAACAGAAUAUAGAACAAACUAUAAUUAUCUUCAGUACAUUUCUACAUGGACUAAACAUAAUUCCAGUAUUAACCAUAAUGAGUCGAAUAUUUACAUAUUACUUUAAAUUAAAAAAAUUCACAUUCAGCCAUUAAAAUCAGAAAUUUUUAUUUCAGAAGACAAACCUGUUUUAUUAAUAAAUUUCAGUGCUAAUAAUGUUAUGCUGUGAGAAGAUAAGUCCAGUAUUUCUAUGAUCAAGAAUUGAAGUUUAAUGAUUGUCAAAUAUAUAGUAUAAAUGAACAAUUACAAGAUGUAUAUAUAUAGUUUAUUCAUUACAAUCUGAGACUAAUAAUGGCAAAACCCAGUAGAGCCCGAGUGUACACGGAUGUCAAUUCCAAAAAGCCAAGAGAAUAUUGGGAUUAUGAAUCCCACACUAUUACUUGGGGAAAACAUGACAAUUAUCAGUUAGUCACUAAACUAGGUGGAGGCAAAUUCAGUGACGUGUUUGAAGCUAUGGAUCUAACAAAUGAUGAAAAAUGUGUUGUUAAAAUUCUCAAGCCAAUAAAGAAAAAUAAGAUAAAACGAGAAAUCAAAGUUUUAAAAAAUCUUCAAGGAGGUAUGAACAUAAUUUAUUUAUUGGCUGCUGUCAAGGAUCCGAUUACACAAACACCGGCGUUAGUUUUUGAAUAUGUAAGUAACACCGACUUCAAACAGCUGUGCCAAAGUCUGACAGACUUCGACAUUAGAUUUUAUCUUUUCGAACUGCUAAAGGCAUUGGACUUUUGUCAUAGCAUGGGUAUCAUGCAUCGUGAUGUCAAGCCACACAAUGUUGUUAUAGACCACAAUAUGAAGAAGUUGAGACUUAUUGAUUGGGGACUUGCCGAGUUCUACCAGCCUGGACAAGAAUACAGUGUUCGUGUGGCCUCCCGUUACUUCAAGGGACCUGAGCUCCUGGUUGAUUAUCAGACUUAUGACUAUUCUCUGGACAUGUGGUCAUUUGGUUGCAUGGUAGCAAGCAUGAUAUUCAGGAGGGAACCAUUCUUCCACGGCCGUGAUAAUAAUGACCAAUUGGUAAGAAUAGCCAAAGUGCUUGGCACAGAUGAUUUGUACAGAUAUUUAAAAAAAUACAACAUGCAUCUAGAACCAAAGAAUAUAGAUCUUUUAGGGUGGCAUUCAAGAAAACAUUGGGAGAAAUUCGUUGACAAAAAUAAUAAAGACUUAGCUUCUCCAGAAGCCUUGGAUUUUCUCAAUAAAUUACUAAAGUAUGACCAUUACAAGCGACUGACAGCUCGUGAAGCAAUGGAGCAUCCUUAUUUUUUUAUCAUCACAAAGAAAGAUACUGUUCUAAAUCCUUCCUCAAGCUCCAUCAUCCGUACGCCACAGGUUAACAAAGCUCCAGGAAUUGUUGGAACAUCCAUACAAGUACCUGUUGUGCCUCAGCCUCCUGUUUCCACUACCACAGCUGAGUCACCAACUUCCACGUAACAUUAUAGUAGUGAUGAUAUUUUGUCAAUAUUCUUCUCAUUCCUUAUACAAAUUCUUAGUUUAAUUUAGAACUAAUUUUAGCCUGGAUAGUCAUGAACAUUGUGAGUAAUAUAUGAUUAUUAUACAAGCAUGGUUUUUCUCAUCUUGUGUGAUAUUACAAAAAGAUAUUUUUAUGGCA